CCUAAGAGAUAUUUCCAAAAGAAACAAGAGAUACACGGAUUAAUUCCGCGGAGAUGUGAAUCCGCGAAAAUGAGGAAUCAACUUGUGUGGAGCGAGGACUGCGAGUGCGAGGAGACGCAUGCGCGAGUUAUUCUGUUUUGUAACAGUAUACCACGAUAUACGUGGUCGGUGGCCCGUCGCGCAAUAACAUCGUGGCUACAUACACGUUGUAUGUUUGGACAAAACGAAAGAAAAAGUGUCCUUCGGUUGCCGGCACGUCGAAUUUAUCAUGACGAUACCCGAGAGCUCGUCAAGUGGCAACGUACGCUCUACGUGAAAGCACAACCGCUCAUCAUGGAUCAACUGAUUAUCUUGGUAUCGCUGUUACAUCUGCUAUACUGCCCAUUUACGAAAGUCGAGGAGAGUUUCAACCUGCAGGCGAUGCACGAUAUCCUUUAUCACGGCUUCAACUUGACGGAGUAUGAUCAUCAUGAAUUUCCUGGAGUUGUGCCACGUUCUUUUUUGGGGCCUAUUAUCGUAUCUGGUCUUGCCUCACCUCUAGUGGCAUGUAUUAAUUAUCUAAAGCUCAAUAAAUUUUUUGCUCAGUAUGUGGUAAGAGCAACAUUGGGACUAUUAGUGAUAAUUACAUUCAAAUUAUACAGGCAUGGUUUAGAAAGAAUCUUUGGGCUUCAAUUAACAAAAUGGUUUGUGAUGAUAACUGUGACGCAGUAUCAUUUUAUGUAUUAUCUUAGUCGUCCACUGCCAAAUAUAAUGGCCAUACCUUUAGUAUUACUGGCCUUAUUUGGAUGGCUGAGGCAAAGUCACGUAUUGUUUAUCUGGUCAUCAGCUGCAGCAAUAAUAAUAUUCAGAGCAGAACUUGCCAUACUUUUGGGACUGUUCCUUUUAUACGAUGUAGCGAGCAAGAAACUUUCUGUACAAAGACUACUUAAAAUUGCGGUUCCAGCUGGUGUAUUGUUCUUAGCACUUACUAUUGCUACAGAUUCAAUAUUCUGGAGACGCUUAGUGUGGCCAGAAGGCGAAGUAUUUUAUUUCAACACUAUUCUUAAUAAAAGCAGCGAAUGGGGUACAUCACCAUUUUUAUGGUACUUUUAUUCAGCACUGCCAAGAGGUCUGGCACUUUCAUACUUUUUAGUUCCCUUUGGAAUGUGGUGGGAUGCUAGAGUUCGUGUCUUUACUGUUCCAGCGAUUAUAUUCGUUGUGUUAUUUUCGUUUUUACCACAUAAGGAAUUAAGAUUUAUAAUAUAUGUAUUUCCAUUAUUGAAUGUUGGCGCAGCUGCUGCUUGUCACAGAAUAUGGGAGAAUAGAGCAAAAUCAAUGUGGCGUGGCUUUCUAGCGAUGAUGAUCUCGAGCCAUCUUGUAUUAAAUGCUGUAUUCUCUAUGUUUCUACUAUGCGUGGCCGGUUCGAAUUAUCCUGGAGGUCUGGCAAUUGCUAAAUUACACAGACUUGAGAGGGACUCCGUCGAGCCAGUACGUGUGCAUAUUGACGUAUUGACUGCACAAACCGGAGUAUCAAGAUUUACACAGACCAAUGCUUCUUGGAUUUAUUCAAAACAAGAAAACCUUACUAUCGACGAUCCUGAAAUUCUACAAUUUACUCAUCUCUUGAUAGAAGCAAAAAGUAAAUAUUCUCAAAAUUUCAAGUUCUAUCUUAAAACUUAUGAUAUUAUUGAUUCUAUCGAUGCAUUUUCGUACAUAACAUUAAAUAACGAUAUGUUACCACCAAUUAAAAUUAAAACAAAGCCUAGUAUAUUUAUUAUGAAAAGAAAAUCAGAUAUCAAAUAUCCUAAUAAAGCAAGAUCGCAAACUUCUGUAAACGAUGUUAAAAACCAGAUAGAUACAAAAAAUAUAAAACUAAAUAUAUCACUUGAAGAGAAAGUAGAUGACAAUCUUAUAGAAUCAAUAGAACUUGAGAAGGCAAAAGAAACUAUUGACUCAAAGUUUUCAGAUACCAAACUUAAAGAGAUUCAAAAAGGAAAUGAUAGAAUGGAGAAAAAAGUAGAAAUACUUGAUGAUUUUGCAGAUGACAGUAUGACUUCUACGGAAGAUACUACUACAUGGGAAACUGAAAAUGUAAUUACAUUAUCGUCAAAUUCAAGACAUAAGAGCAAAGAAAUGAUUAAUUCUCAAGAAGAUUUCAAAGAUACUUCUGAUAUUGGUGAUGCAAAGCCUGUUAAAAAAACAAAAAUUCAAGAAGAAAGUAUUAUUAAGGAAAAACCUAAAAAUGGUCUACGUCAGGAAACUCAUAGCGUUAAAGAAACAGUUAAGAAAAUGAUUCAAGAAAAAAUGUUAGAAGCUAAACAGAGAAGAGAGGUUAAUGAUGAACGAAAAAAUAUAGAACUUCCAACUAAACCAAUGAAGAAGAGAGGAGUAGCAGCAGAAUUAUCAAAAAGAAUAGGAAUAUUGAAACAGGAAUCAAAAGAACCAAUAAAUCAGUCAUCUACAGAUAAAUCAACGAUAAUCGAAGAAGAAUCUGAAUUUACGACAGAACAUGCAAAAGAUGAUCAACUUGGUAAACAGAAAUCAGUUAUACAGAAGAAAGAUAAAAUGAAGGUAAUAAAAUCAGACAAUCUAGAAGAAGAUGAAAUUGUAGAUGUCAAGAUAGAUGCAAAAAGAAUAGCAAAAUCACAAGACAAAGUUCACGCAGAGUUAUUUGCAACUGAAGCAGAUAUUAUAACAAAAGAGGAUCAAGAAGAUAACGUGAAAACAUCCAAAUCGGUAAAUGUAAGAGAAAGCAUAAGAAAUAUAAUAAAUCAGUUCAAGGAAUUUGAGAAAGAUUUCAUACGCGAUGAUACCGAUGCAGUGGCAUCAACAAAGGAUAUAAGCGAUACAAAUCUGGAAAGCGACACAAUGGAAAUAUAUUAUUCUGAAGAAAGUGAUGAUCAAUUGAUGAUAAAAGAUGCUAGAGAAAGCCUUAAGGAAAUAAUAGACCAGUUUAAGUACAUUAAACAUGAAUUAACUUCGGAAGAGGACGAUCAAUUCGAUGAAAUUGCAGCCAAGUAUAUGGAACAGCCAAUUGAUGAAACAUUAUUGCAAUUUAGCGAAGCUCUAAAGACUUUAAUUCAACGAAGAAAAAAGGCUUCAUCCAAGGAACAUACAACCAACUUGCCUGAUACUAAAGACACAUACAUAUUAGAAAAUCAAAGAUCGGUAGCAAAGGAAAUUAAUAUGAAUUCAAAUAAUGUAAAUAAAAACGGAAAAGAAAAUUUACAGAAAAAUAUCAAAAGUAAAGAAUAAGUUAUAAAAAAUUUUAAUGAAUAAUGUUUCAUGCGUAACAUCAAUGUUACUAACGGAACAUAUGUGUAAUACAAUGUAAAUAUGUUUUCUGUGAUAGCAAAAAAUAAUGUAUUUUUUAAUAUAUGCUCAUGCAUAUCAAUGUCACGCAUAUGGAGAGCACGAAAUUGACUUUCCUAUGGUUAUAUACGAUAUUUAUAUUAACGAAAAUAGUUUAAAAGAAAUGCUGUACAGUUUUUUUUUUAUAUUACAUUCACAUAAAAAUUAUAUAAAUAUGUCAAAAAUUAAUUAAUCUAUGUACAUUAAUUACAAGAAUAUACUUUAUAGCCAUUUUGUGGCUUUAUUUGUAAUUUAUAUUUUAAAUUAUAUUCAUAGACAUAAAUACGUUUAUAAGUUGUAAACAUAAUGUAUAUGAGUUGUCUUUUCACGUCGACUUUUGCAUUUAGUAUUGCUUAAACAUAGAAAUUCCUAAUUAUAAUGUGUCACAUCACGCUUGUAGCAAGCCAGUUGAAUUAAAUUUAAAGUGAAACAAAUUAUAAAUUUUAUGUUCCGCGAGAUUCAUCGUACAACAUUAUUUAACAGACUGAUAAAUAAAUUUCCAUACUGAUGCCUGCAGAGUAAUCGAGUGCCUUCUAAAAUCCCUUUCAAAGUUAGGAAGGGUAAUGAACAUAAAAGUACGUAAAUACAUAUAUAUCUAGUCGCCUGUGUAUGUUUGUAUGCGUAAUAUACCAGAUGUAUUGAUUUUAUAUAAAAUGAAAUUAUUUGAUA